AUGGUCAACUUCCACGAGAGCUCUCAGAACAUCUGGCUCGAGGACGGUCACAUCCUCCACGCCGAGUGCGGUAACGGCGAGGGUGACUACGUCGAGUCUACUCUUGACCUUGACUACUACAUCGGCAACAACGAUGGCGCUUUCCAGUGGGGUGGUGAGGGCUUCUCCGGCUCUGCUUCCGACAUCACCUUCGAUAUGGAGGGUGACGGCAGCGUUCCUGUUCUCCGCGCCCACCUUAACCCCUAUGAGGGUGACCCCGUUGAGGCCGAUGUCAACCUUGCUGAGUGCAUUGGCAACGACUGCGGCACUCUCGUCUUCGUUUCUCCUUAG